AUGUCGAUGGCUUCUCGUAUCUUGCCUCUUCUUCUACUUUCACCUUAUGCAGCCAGCCUUUUUUGUCGAUUUCCACUCGAUUUCAUGUCCCGUACGUGCGAUAUGUUCCGCUAUUUCGGAUCUUUCAGCGUCCAUGCUUCUGCAGAGUCUUUUGUAUUCCUUAAUUCGUUUAUCAAUCGUGUCAACGAUUCUUUCCGUAUCCGUUCUUCCUCCAAGAUGUCCUCUUCUCGCUCCAAUAUCUCCAGCAAGGCGCUUUCCGUCUUCUCACCUGAGAUGUUUAUGUACAUGGAUUGUACAUCGAAACUCACCGACAGUUCCGUCCCCACCAGCCCAAUGUUCUGA